AGCUUAGCGAAAGACGAAUUCGUGGGAUUAUAAACCUCCUGGUUGAAACGUCUUCUACAUGAAUCACUGGCCACCCUGUUAUGUAAGCUGCAUGCGGUCGACCCGGAAAUUAAAUACUCCAGUAGAGAUAAAGAUUCCCUGGUUAGCGAACGGAGGUUCGAAUAUACUCGGAGUUCUGGAAGGGGCAUGUGAGUAUAAUAUAAGCCAUAUGUACAACGUAGUGUGAGACCUAGUGUUCCCUUGUGUCACACCACGUUCAUCAUGGAGAAGAGGAUCGUGACCCCCUUGGUGUUUCUAGCUGCGUUGAUUGUCAGUGUUUCAGUGUCUGGCCAGACAAUCCGACUGGUGUCCCCCCUGAACAACGGUGUUGGGAGAAUUGAGGUGUUCUAUAACGGUACAUGGGGCACCGUUUGUGACGAUAGCUUUGGGACAGAUGAAGCCAAGGUGGCCUGCAGACAACUGGGACGAUAUAAAAGCGGACUUACACCAAGGGCAAUUCAAAGUUUUGGUUUUGGAGGAGGAAAGAUUUUGUUGGAUGACGUGAGUUGCUCCGGUACCGAGUCAUCUUUGGCCAGCUGUUCACACAGACCAUGGGGCGUCAACAAUUGUGGUCACAGUGAAGAUGUUGGCAUCAUAUGUGAUCCAAGUGACAUAACGAUGAAGCUGACACCGAACUACAACAAAGGACUCCUACAGGUGUACCACUCCGGUAGAUGGGGCACAGUGUGUGAUGACUAUUUCGGCCAAGUAGAAGCUUCAGUUGUGUGCAGGGCCUUGGGGUACCAAGGGGGAAAGGCAAUCGAUGAAAGCAGUUCAAUAACAAUGUGGUUAGAUGACGUGCAGUGCACGAUACGGAAUACAGAUCUUAAAGACUGCAAGCACAGACCAUGGGGGAGUGAUGACUGUAGCGACUCAGAAGCUGUCGGUGUCCAGUGUUUUUCAUUUCCUGAAGAUUCUACAGCGGCAAGACUUGUAUCCACCACCAACACGCCAGGGGAGGGAGUGCUGGAGCUGUACCAUGGUGGACAAUGGGGAAGCGUCUGCUAUACUGGGUUCGGAGUGGAAGAGGCAACAGUUGUCUGCAGAAUGUUGGGACACAACACCUUUGGGGCCAGCUCACAUUUAAACACCGGCAGUUCAUCACGGCAUGUCAUCCUAGAUAAAGUCAAGUGUCUUGGCACAGAACUCUCUCUCAAUGAAUGUCUUCACUAUCCAUGGGGUAGUGUUACCUGUUCCUCAGCAGUAGUCCGAAUACAGUGUCCCUCUGCUAAUCUUCAAAUACGCUUGAAUUCGACAACUCGUGGACGGGGUCGGGUAGAAGUACUUCACAACAAUGUCUGGGGAACAGUUUGUAGAGGGUCGUCGUUUUCCUCACAGGAGGCACAAGUUGUGUGUAAAAUGGCAAAUCUGCCCUGGACGACCGCCUAUGUGACUACAUCUUUUGGACCAGGUGAAGGAAUUAUUUGGCUGAGUAACGUCGACUGUACGGGAACCGAGACCUCCCUGGAUCAGUGUUCCCAUUCUGGAUGGGGAACAGCGACGAGCUGUUCUCACAGUAGUGAUGUGGGCGUGGUGUGUCGUGGAGUCUCUGGAACUGUAAUCCACCUGGAGCCGCCAGGAAGUGUCCUCAACGCCCUCCUUGGUCAGGUGAUCAGUGUCGUGUGUGUGGUCGACUACUCCAACUCCCCGGUCACUUCGUUCCGCUGGACACACAAUGGACAGCCCUACAGUGGACAGACCUUCAGUAAAACAGUAACAUCCAAGUCAGACUCUGGCAAUUUAACAUGCAGUGUAGGGAAUGUCCACGCCUCCACUCGAAUCAACGUGUGGUACUCGCCAGUGGUACAUCUGGAACCAAGAAAUGACACCCUGGAUGUCGGUGUGGGUGAAGACCUCCGUGUACAGUGUGUAGUGGAUGACGCCAACCCAAAUGUCUACACAUUCCAGUGGUCUCACAACGGACAAACGAGUACUGGGUCGACAUUCCUCAAGCGUAACAUAUCAAAGUCUGACCAAGGAGAACUGACCUGUACUGCUGAUAAUGGACACAUGAUGACACCUGGAAGGGCAGCUACAACAAUACAUGUAACAUCUGCCCUGGUAAUCCACCUGGAGCCACAAGGAAGUGUUCUCAACGUCCUCCUUGGUCAGGUGAUCAGUGCCGUGUGUGUGGUCGACUACUCCAACUCUCCGGUCACUUCGUUCCGCUGGACACACAAUGGACAUCCCUACAGUGGACAAGCCUUCAGUAAAACAGUAACAUCCAAGUCCGACUCUGGCAGUUUAACAUGCAGUGUAGGGAACGUCCACGCCUCCACUCGAAUCAACGUGUGGUACCCCACAGUGGUACAUCUGGAACCACAAAAUGACACCCUGGAUGUCGGUGUAGGUGAGGACCUCAGUGUACGGUGUGUUGUGGAUGAUGGUAACCCUAGUGUCCACACAGUCCGAUGGUCUCACAACGGACAAACAGUUACUGGCCAUGGGUCGACAUUCCUCAAACGUAACAUAACCAAGUCUGACCAAGGGCAACUGACCUGUACUGCUGACAAUGGACACAUGAUGACACCUGGACGGGCAGUUGCAACUGUAAACGUUAGAUAUCCACCAGAGAUCCACCUGUCACCAAGGCAAGAUGAAUUCAGUGCCAUGGCUGGUGAUGCCGUUGAAGUCGAAUGUGUCGUCGACGACGCCAACCCUGCUGUCACCUCCUACACGUGGUGUCACAACGACAAUAUCAGUCAUGGACAGACGUUUAUGAAGCAUGUGUCUCCUGAUGAUGCGGGAAACCUAUCGUGCUCUGCUACGAAUGAACAGGGAACAUCUACUGUACAAACAAGCAUCAACGUCUUGCAAGUUUCCUCGUUGAUCGGAAGUGAUGACACUACAAGCCAGAUUAAACUGAUUGCCAUAGUAACAGGAUCUGUUGGCAUAGUUACCAUUAUCAUCCUUAUCAUCAUCAUUAUUCACCUGAGGAGGAGACUGUAUGCUGCAAAACCUGAGCAUGAGCCAAAGAGAUCUGAACAGACGUCAAGGGCAGAUGAAAUACCUGCAAGAUGCUGCAAUUACGAGACCGUGGAGCGGCCUAGUGGAGGUGCUGAGAAUACCUAUUGCGAAGUUGGCUUGUCACAAACAACAGGAAAGGAGAGGAAAGUGAGAUCACCCAAAGAACAAGCGUCCAAUGAUGAUGGGAAUCCUGCCCACGUCUAUGGCAACACUGGAUUUGAAGAUGAAGAAAACAUACGUAAAAAAAAAGGAACUGCUUCGGGCACAAACUACGGCAACAUCCAGCUUGAAAUGAGCGAAAAUAUACGUCAAAAAAGAGGAAAGGAGAGGAAAGUGAGAUCACCCAAAGGACAAGCGUACAAUGAUGAUGGGAAUCCUGCCCACGUCUAUGGCAACACUGGAUUUGAAGAUGAAGAAAACAUACGUAAAGAAAAAGGAACUGCUUCGGGCACAAACUACGGCAACAUCCAGCUUGAAAUGAGCGAAAAUAUACGUCAAAAAAGAGGAAAGGAGAGGAAAGUGAGAUCACCCAAAGGACAAGCGUACAAUGAUGAGCCCAUCUAUCAAAACACCACCUUCACGAACCAGUCGUCCAUAUGAAUAUGGGUACUGAUGUCAUCACGUCACCUGAACACCUAUCUGUAUCUGCGAUUAGUUUAUUUACGAUGCAUUAAUGCUACUAUAGUUCCUUAUUGUUAAUGUUACCAUGAUCAGAUUUUGUUAUUAAACACGUAUAUAUGUAUGUAAUUAUUGUAUAACUCUAUAUGCCUACUCAUUGUUUACCUGUUGAUGGGGCAAGAAGUAGACCUGAAACGUCGUUACAAUAAUUAAAAUAAGUUGUUAUCCAUAAAGAAGUGCCACGUAUUCAGACAGACAGACAGUUUAGUCAGUAUGCAAGGCCAUAUGGCCCAUAGUACAGUUCAGUUUUAACAGAUAUAUAAAAUUCAACGUGAUCUUGAACAUAGCAUAAUAUAUUCUAAAUACAUUUUUCAAAUAUAUUUUGAAAGAUUUGAUAACAUCUUCAUUUGUCGAAUUCAACAAAUUGAUCAUUAAUUGAUUGUCUUUGUGUGAUAUAUAUAAAUUAGAUAAAAAUAUUAAUCUCAACGUUUUCAAUUUUUCACAUAUAAAAAGAACAUGAAACUCGUCUUCAAUCUCCUGGUUGGUACAGUUAGAACAUCUUCAAUUUACAAAAUCACUAUCCUUGGGUCUACGAUGUUUAUUGACAAGGAAGUUAUGGAGAGAUAUUCUUAAUUUACAAAGAGCUCUCAAUAGAGUUUUAUCUUAUAAUAUACUUAAAUAUUUUUCUGGUUGUAAUAAUGAUUUGAUACAAGCAUGAUGCUUGAGAAAGUGUGAAGAGGAAACUUGUUGGUGCCAGUUUUGCUGAAAUAUAUCUAACAAUAUUUGUUUAAAUGUAAAAAUAGUUUUUCAUUACGAGUGUCUUGUGAGAUCCAUACAAAGGAAAACCCAGUAUUAAAUAAUAUGCUCCUUACACCAGACACCAAUUCGUUUUCCCUUCACCAUCUUGCUUUAGCGUUUUGUAACAUUGAAAUGGGUACCUGUCAGCUUCCAUUUCUAAUAUCUAUUAUCCAGUAUUUAACAACACGCAGCUGGCUAUGAACAUAUAUACUACAGCGGCCAUUUUCACCAAGCACUGCCUUAUUUGAAGCAUAUUUACCAAUGCAUAAAAAUUGCUUAAAAUACAAAGUGUGACAUUUCUCAAUGGAUUCAAAUAUAUUUAAUGCCCCAUAUUUCCUAGCCGUAGAACAAAAUGGGUAUAAUUUUACCAUCAAAUAUUGAAUUUGCUGUUGAAAAUGAGAUAUAUUUGUUUUCCUUCAAUAAUUUAUAAACAGGAAACAUUGCCUCAGAUGCCUGAAGCGCUAAGGUCUUACAAGCCUUAGACCAAUUGAUUCUUGGGGACAGUAAUAGUCCUAAAUACUUAUGAUAACUUCCAAUGUUUUAAAUGUUUAUCACCAUAUAUCCAAUUUUCCUGCUUCGAUACAAUUCCUCCAUUUCUAAAAACAAUAACAUUGGUUUUCACAAGGUUUACUUCUAAACCCCACUUAAUACCAAAGGACUGCAAUACAUUAAGCUGUUUCUGCAAGCAACAUACUAGGGCACCAGAGCAACAUCAUCCGUGAAAAGCAAUAGCAUAAUAUCUAUGUUGUCUUAUGUCACAAACACACCAGGAUGACAUUCUUUGUAAAUUUCAGAAACAAGUUUGUUUAUAAAAACUGACGAAUAAGACUAGGCUUAAGAUGCAACCUUGACGAACACCACUGGAGGUAGUAAAACAAGGAGUUAUACCCGAGUCAGUUCUAAUACAUGCUUUGACUGAGAAAUACAUAUUCUUAAGAACUAUUAACAUUUGACCACGACAUCCUUUAGUGAUCAAUAGGUACAGCAGUUUUUGUUCUAUCAACGUAAUCAAAAGCUUUGCGGAAAUCAACAAAGGCGCAAUAAAACGACCUCUAGGUUUACAUAAAUAUUUGGAGCAAAGUAACUGAAGAACAAAGAUAUUGUCAUCUUCAGAAUACGCAGAGCGAAACCCUGCUUGAGCUUGAGAUAUCAUUUACUUCAAGCCAAAUUCUAAGUCGUUAUUCAACAAUAAAUACAGAAAGUUUUCCCAUGACAUUCAAAACAGAUAUACCUCUGUAAUUGUUUGGUUGACUGACAUUUCCUGAUUUGAAUAAAGACAUUAUCAUUCCAAUAUUCUACGCAUUGGAGAAAAUACCUGUAUCAAGGAUUUUAUUGAAUAAAAGCAACAAAAAUGGUA